AUGCCCGGACCGCCUGCCAUGGACUGCAGCUCGCCGACGAACAAGCGCGCCAGGGAGCAGGCCGACCCGAACCGCCUGAACGUGAUCUACGUCUGCUGGCAGCGGGUGAUCCUGAAGGAGAUCGCCCCCGAGAGCCUGCGCGAGCUUCGCGACGAUGUGAACCGGGCGCUCAACAAACGGCAGACCGACGACUUCGACAUGUACAUGCAGUUCCGCGAGUGGAAGAAGAACAAGAAGGGCCCGGCGAGCAGCAAGGACGGGAGCUUCGAGAUGAUCAAGGAGGAGGACUCCGAGAGCGGGUGCACCCUGGACUCCAGGUUCACUCACUUCAACCAGAGAACCGGAAGCCGAGGACGCCGAUUGACGACACCAUCACCGGCCUCACCAGGGAGACCACCUCGUGGUCCACCACCGCCACAGCCGGUAACGACGCGCCUGCCUACGAAGACACAGUCCUCGAGCCGAAUGUCGACGAGCAGCGCCAACAGCAGCAAGGCGACCACGAACAAGAUGAUGGAGAUCGACCACGAGAAGCUCUGGUACGAGUCCAACGCGCUGGUCACGGACAAGAAGGCCCAGCAGGAGAUCUUCACGAGCGCCUUCCACAUCCUCGACCCGAACACGCCGACAUGCGACUGCCGUCGCGGACGCAAGGUGGAACUCAGCGCGACGACCCAGAACCCCAACAAGGUGUUCUACAACUGCGCCAACUUGGAGCCGCAGAGCCAGUGCGGAGUGUUUCGAUGGGCUCCCGUACAGCCCCUUCUGGACGAGGGGUUCAUGGAGAUGAGAGCGAGGGUGGCGAAAUGCUACCCGAGGGACUUGACGUCCCGCGAGCUGUUGGUGAGGAUCCUCCAGGACUCCUGCCCGCACCACUGGACGGUGGCUACGGGAUCCAACGCCUUCGUUCAACGGACCCGCUGCCGGAUCUGCCACAAGGUGAUCAAUAUCGAGCGCAAGGUGAACAGCAGCCCGGAGAUGACGAGCGGCAACGAGACGGAGCACUUCGACGAGAAGGAGUACGAGGCCUUUGUCCAGUGGAAGCGGGACCGCCAGGCUUUGAACUUGUCAGACCGUGCCCUGAAAGCCUUCUUGAAGGAACGGCGUGCCCCUGAAACUGACAUGUCAGUUCUCCGUUGCCCUCCGCAGCACCAACAGAUCUGGAGACGCCAUGCUGUGAUUGCCAACUCAAGCUGGCUCACGAAGGAGGCCGACAGGGAGUUUGCUACUGAGUGCGAUGUGCCAUGGCAACAAGUUCAUCUACACGACGUUGGCGAGAUGAAACGAGACAGCCAGGAACGAAGCAACCGCUAUGCCCGCGAGUACGGCAACGUCGAGCAGAAGAUCAAGGAGGCCACGAGGACCGAGAACUUCGACACGAUGAGGAGCGAGAACUUCCACACGAUUCCGCGGAAGGAGAUGGCAGAGAGGGCCGCCAAGGCAAAUGAAGAAGUUCUUCAAGAAGCCCGGAAUCUCAAGUGCAGCGUCUGCGAAAAGUUUGCUUCUGUGAGGCCACCCCGAAAGGCGGCACCACCACGGGAAUUUGGCAUCAAUGAGGUGAUCGGCAUGGAUACUGUCUGGCUACCUACCGUGGGUCAAAAGCAGAAGCGGGUGGCCCUGAACAUCAUCGACUACUCCAGCCACUUCCAAACGAUGAUCCCGCUCCGAGGUCGGAGCCCCGAGGCCGAAUGGGUCAAGUUCUUUGGCCCGCCGAGACAGAUCUGGGCUGACCAAGGAAGCGAGUUCAAGGGUGCCUUCAAGGUGAUGUUGGAGAAGACUAUGGCCGACUACUGCUGCGAGAGCUACAACGAAUGGCUGGAACUCGUCGACGUCACGGUCAUGGUCAAGAACAGGCUGGUCUUCUAUCAGAAGGACAAGACGAUGCCGAAGCUGGAAGUCGACCUCGACUUGGAGACGCCGGGCGGACCACGACCUUCCCAGGACUACGUGACCGGCCAGAUGGUUUAUUUCUACCGACUGGGCCAAGGAAGCUUUCGAAAAGAACCUAUGCGUGGCUACAUCGACCUCAGCGACGAGCCCCUGCCCGACCUGGAGGAGAUGGACGACGAGCCCGACCACGGAGAGGAGGGCGUGGCUCAACCAGAACCAGUACUACGACGCGUCCGAGGCAAGAGGAUGCCAGAACGAGCUCUACCGGAACCUAUGCGGGACGAACAGGACGACGUGAUCAUGCCCCAGGCGGUUCCACUUGGACCCGCCGAGACGGAAGAGACUUUCGAGGAGUCCCAACCGGGACCAGCAGGGGCGGCGCUUCUUCCCGCGUCAUGCGAGGACGACGAGGAAGGCGUGCCGGAACCACCGGCGAAGCGAACAAGGGUUCAGAUUCUGGAGGCCUACUACGCCAAGCUGGAGACCCUCUUCAAGACCAGGCAACGCAAGGAGGUGAAGCUCAAGGAGUUGAACCAGAAGGACCUCCAGUGCUUCCUCAAGGCCACCGAGAAGGAGAUCCAGAACAAACUGAACACCCAGGCCUAUGAGAAGCUGACAGCCGAGGAGAGUGAACGAGUCCGAAGGACCCGUCCAGACCGGAUCAUGGAGUCGCGUUAUGUUAGGACCGUGAAGCCCUUGGAGCUCUGUGAUGUUGACAAAGCCAACAUGGAGGGCACUUUGCUCUCGAGCAACCAUGGGGGCCUUUGUAAAGCCAAGGUUCGACAUGUCAUGAAAGGCUUCUCGGAAGAAGGAGCUGAGGACCUAGACUCAGCGGAGAAGUUUACAGUAGGUGUUCGUGUGACUCCGAUCCCUAUCAACAAACUUAGAGUUAGCGUGGUAACAGAUGCCUCGUGGGGCAAUGCUGAGGAUGGCCAGGCCCGAGAGGAUGAUUCCUCUGACUUCUGGACUGACCAGAUCUGCAUGGUCUGGCCGCUUCCCGCACGACCAGGUUGCGCCAAGACGGCGCAGAGCGAGAGCAAGUGGACACCUGGAAUCAGGAAAGCUCGGCCUAGUCCCUGGCGAGCCCUGGACCGGGCAGACAGUUUUUCAGAAGGCAGAGCCAGGACUUCGGCAUCAGGAGAUUUCAGAAGGUUUUCUUCAGAAUCGGCGGAUGCAAAGUCCGGGUGGGCACUUGAUUAUUUUCCAUGA